UCUUUGCAAAGCGUUGCACCUUCACAGUAAACUGUCUACAACAGUUUCUCGGUUAAAUGAUAUGUUCGAACCGGCCACAUUGCUGUUCACAGGAGGUGACAUUGUCUCUGUAAUUUUUAUGAUCAGCACUGUUUUAAUUCACAAGAUAGAAGCACCGCUUGGUUUGUAUCUCACGGACAACAUAAACCAUACUGUGGUCUACUGUGCUGGAGCAACUGCAUGUGGAAUUUUAACUGCUGUACGAGUGUCGAUGGCAAUAUUUCUCCAAAACGAAGCAAACGGCGUUAUUCCCACGCUCUACCGCAUGCAAGAACUGAGCAACAUUCCUCCAAAUGUAGAGCGGAAAAUCAAAGUAGCGAUCGGACGACUGAACCACAAUCCCAUUCAGAUUACAGGAUGGGGAUUAUUUACCCUGGAUAAGACUUUUGUCCUGACAGUUCUUGGCUUUCUGGUCACGUAUCUCGUACUAAUUGGACAACUGGGAAAUGACGAAGCUAACCAAUGCUUCUGCAGCUGCACCAAGGUCUAGCAUUACAAAAUAUAAUCCACAGCUUGACUUUCCAUGGAAAGCUGGUUUCAACUUUCAAGUGACAGUUCUGUUUAUUGUUAUUAAUUUACAAAUUGGCUACGCGAAUUUCGAUAAUUUUGGGAAUAACCUCCGAGUUCAGUAAGUGUAACCCGUGCCAGUAUCAAUUUACCUUGUUGAGCAAGCUGAUCCCUUUCAUCUGUCGUAAGUGGAUCCAGUCCCAUUUCUUCACUUUCCGAUUUGUUCAUAAUGGCUACCCGCUAGCAUAAUAUCAAAAAAGUUUUGAGAUUUAACACUCGAUCCAUUUAACACUCCAUCGAGCAGAGACUUUACACCUACAUGAGCUUCUAGAAAUGUGUCUGACAUC